CUGUUCUGUACUGAGUCCAGUUGAGCAGAGCAUCAUGCAAGAACUCAUCUUUCAUCCCCACCACUUGUCUGCCUUUUGCUAUAUCUGUAUCUUUCCCAUCUGGUGUCCUCUUCCAUUUGUAUUGUCUUUUAGUUCCUCCAAGUUCAUGUAUCUGCAAGUACACCAUUUCAGUCUAGUGUUUGUUCUAAUGUCCUAGGUAGUUUCUUUCUGUCCCUUUCAUUACAAUCUCUUGUUUAUUUGUCACUCACUGCUCUUUUUCUUCCAGCGAAGUGGACAGGAAAACCAGUCUGAAACAAUAAAGGAUCUUUUACUCAACGACAAGUCGAGAAUUAUUCAGGGCCUUCAGAAAGCAAGAAUCACUAGCAUUUUCCUUCAAGCUGGAGAAAGUUCUGAGGCAGUCUUUGGCAAGGGUCAAGAUCCCCUGCCAGAAUUGGGUCCCUUGGUAGAUUUGGAUGCUUUAGUACCUAAUCAUGAUGAACAGGGACAGUUGAUUCCAGAAUGGAAGAGGCAAGUGAUGGUACGCAGACUACAAGCUCAUCUGGAGGAGGAAGCCAUGCAGGGAGAAUGGCGGUACUCUCACACUCAGAGUGCUGUUCUUGGACCAUAUGGUGAGUUAUUGACUGAGGAAGAACUACAUAUUCUUGAUGGACAGAUGGAAGGAUUGCGCCGUAAAAGAGAAUGCCAACAGUAUGAACGGGAACUUUCACGCCAGGUGCAGCAAUUGCAAGCCCUGUUGCCUACACCCCUGGUAAAUAUCACCGUUAAUUCCAAGCUUCUCCAGAAUAAUGAGGACCCGGACUGGUGUGUUUCUAUGUCUAAUGUGAUUGACAGUAUGUCCCAACUCCUCUCUUCCACGGGUGCAACACCAGAUGGUUCAUGCAGAAUAGUCAACUCUAAAUUAAAUCAAUCUCAUUCGCCAUCUCCAAUGAGAGAGCUACUGCACUGCGGGGUGUCAGUUCGAAGACUUAAGGUCCAGUUUGAGACAGAAAAUCAAACUCAUCUGCCGUCUAUUAUAAAAACCCUUCACUUAAAUAGGGAAUCAGAGGACACCAGUGAUUCAGGACUGAGUUCAGAAGAAUGUUCUUCACUCAGUGAUUCUCCUAUACCACUGCGAACACUGAGGAAGGAGAGAAUUGUGCUCUUGUUUCUAAGUCACUGGAAGAAAUCAGCAUAUUCAUUGCGUGCAGCAAUAAAAGCUACAGAAAAAUCAGAACACAAAGGAGUUGUAAACAACAAAACACACCAGGAGAUGCUGCAAGCUGACCAUGACCCAACUCAAAACACUAAAGAGUCAGACUCAGUAAAAGUACAAGUUGAAAAUAUUACAACAAAUAUUCAGGCUCUGAAGAGGGAUUCAAAGUUAGGAUCCGGAGCAGGGAUGUUUGAAAUGGAUAAAAAUGGAAUGCUAUCAGCAUCAAAGUGUGCAGAGGAUGCUAAUGAGAUAAACAAGAAUGGAACAUCUGCUGUAGAGGAGGGUGUUUCUUCUCGUUUGGGGAGUGUGCUGGAGCAUUUACGGAAGCAAAGGAAUACUGUUCAGCGUCUCAUAGGAAGUUGGAAAACAGCUCAUCAAAAUAGUUCUGAAUCAUCCAAUAAUCCAUCUGCUCUUCCACCCCCUGAACACUUUCUGUCCACCUCCUUCAGACAGCCUUCUGUGACUCAUGAGAGACUAACCUUAGACUUGUUCAUGUUGGGCUACUUCCGACUUCUGGAGCAAGAGAUGCCAGAGGAGGAAAGACGGAUGAGACAUCUUCUCUGUUUUGAGGUUUUCGAUCAGCUGGGGCACCAUGGGUGGGAAACAGCCAGAGCUUUCCAUUCUACUGUUCUAGAAGAAAUAGCUACAGGACGCAGAACAUGGUCUGAUGGAUUUGAGGACCUCAAAGUCCGGUUCUUUGGACCAGAGACAGAAAGGAAAGACAACAGUAACCAGGGCCCUCAUGUUUCAGAAGAUGAUGAUUUGUGUCAGUGCAUAGAGAGAAGCUUUACAUUUUGGAAAGAGAAAGAGGCUGAAAUGUUUGGAACUUAAUCACAUACUGGGAAUCUGUUUUUGUGUUUCUAGUAACAUGUAUGUUUUUUCUGGCCUUAAGUAUCCAUUAAUGUCUCUCUUUAAUAUAUAUUGACUUAUCUCAAUGUUACAUUCUGAAAGAAAGAAUGAAUAUACUAUAUAUAUAUACAGUAUAUAAUUUGUUAGUUAGUAACUGCUGUUGCAGUAUCACCAUAACAGGAGUCUCAGCUAUUUAAUUAAGGGGAAACUAGGACCCACCAGUUGGUUGGGUCUGGGCCCCUAAAAACUAUUACAGGUUUCAGAAGGGUGCAGUGUCACAAAAAAGUGGGAGAUACACUAAAAAAAUGCAUCUCCCACUAACCAGGUCCAAAUAAAUUGUAGUUUAGCAACUGAUAUAAUGGGAGCUUGCCAGUAAGUCAGACGGAACAGCCAGUAAUUAGUGGUUCCAAGCAAAUUGGCCUUGGUAUCUAUCUCAUUUAGUGUUUUUUUUCCAGAUAACCCACCAUUGUUUGCUUUAUGUAUUUCAAUAAGAAUACAGAAAAAAAUAUAGAGAAAGGUACAACCAUCCAUCACUCUGUGAUGGUCUUGAACUCUGGGGGGUUGACCACCAAUUCAGAGCAACUGUCAGAUGAUCCUGUUUCAUUGCACUCAUUCAUUCAUUUUAUAAAUCUGCAUUGGAUAAUGUCUGUCAUUAUAAAUAGAAAAAUGAUGCACAGGGAAAUAAAGAGACCAACCAAAAAUUCCCAGUUUUUUUAAAAAACUGACAUUGUGCAUGUUUUAGGAUUUGUUAUGAUUUUAAACAUUUGACUUAUUACAUAUAUGUGUAUCUGUCAGUAUGUUUGAAUAUUAGCGUGAUUUACAUUUUCUACCUAUACAUAUGUAUUUCCAGUCAUUAUCAGUAGGUUACCAUUGUACCGCACUACGGAACAUGUUGACACCUUAUAUGUGUUAUUAUUUUUAUUAUUAUUAUUAACAACAACAAUAAUAAUAAUUAUUAUUAUUAUUAUUCGUUGAUAUAGAGUUACUGAGUUGGACUGAGAAGUGGAAUCGCUUGGCUAUUGCAAAAACCUGGGAUCUUAAACUGUGAGAACAAAUGACAGAUGUCAGAACUUUGUCCUUUCAGCUGUUGAGGAACUGUAACUUCCAGUAUCUUUCUAAUAGCUUUCAGCUGCCUGUAUCAUGCAGAGGGGACUCAUCAUGUUCUAUUUUGUUGGAUGUAAUCUUGGUUCUUGUGUCCAUGCCUCAUACUAUGUCAUACUAGACUACACGUAUUACAUUCAGAACUGGCAUACAGCUACCUGUUGGCACCAGAAUGCAACCACCUUGAGUACAAGUCCAUAACAUAUACCUGCUACUGUAUGUAAAAUAUGUGAGUAACAAGUGGAAGUGAACUAUUUUGCAAUUGCAUUUGGAAAUGUGUGAUACCUUCUAAUUAAUUCUAAUUAAUAAAACUCAGCAGGAAAAAAAAAAA